GUACAAUUUGACUAAAGAUGAUCAUCGUUGCCAGAUAUGUGGUAAACGGGAUAACGAAGCAGCAUCCACGGCCGAGGACUAGCAUAUGGCAAAUGACAAUAUCGGAAAGGCAAAAUGCGGCAACGUUCCUUGAAUUCACUACUGUGAAACCGUUCUUUUACCAGCAAGCAAAUUUUAAAUGUUUCUAUUGCAAUGAAAUAUUCCCAGAGAUAAACUCAGUAUUACAACACACUAACUUUCACGUAGCGCCUGAAAGAGGCAAUUUACUAAAACAGUAUCUGAGAAAAGGAAAAAGAGUAAUAAAAGCUGAUAUAUCGGAAUUAAAAUGUAAGAUUUGCGAGCAGAAGUAUUCCGAUUUGGAUGACAUUAGAACGCAUCUGAUAGCGACGCAUAAGAAGGAUUUUAACGCAGCAGGCAAUGGACUAAUGGCUUAUAACCUAAGCAUAACCAACGGACUCCUAUCCUGUCACAGAUGCAACAAGACUUUCAAUUCAUUUUUCCUUUUGAAUCGACAUAUGAAUGUUCACAUGAAUGUCGUUUGUGAAACUUGUGGCCUCGGUUUUAUGUCGCACCAACGUUUGAUUAACCAUCGCAUCGUGCACCAAAACGGUGUUCACAAAUGCGAUAGCUGUCAGGACGUUUUCCCAACAAAAUUGAAGUUACGAUAUCACAUAUUUAAAAAGCACGAAGUAUCUAAUACAAAGAAGAUAAAACCAUUAAAGUGUCCACACUGUUUAGAGAGAUUCGCGGAGCACUAUCGAAAAAUGACUCAUUUAAAAGAUGUCCACGGUAUCACUUUUAAAUUUGAGUGUCAGGUGUGCAAAGCGGUGUUUCCGAUGCGUCGUGCUUUGACGGAACAUACCACGAAGCUGCACACGCAGAAAAUACAAUGCAAAAUUUGCGGUAAAUGUUUCGGAACUCGAUCCUUACUGAAGAUGCAUGCACGCGGACAUACUGGUGAGAGGAACUUCUACUGUGCCAUCUGUCAGAAAGCGUACAUGCACGAGAGGACGCUGAGACAGCAUAUGCGAGUCCACGGCCCCGUAUGGAAGUUGACUUGCCCCGAGUGUGGGAACGGAUUCCACAACCGCAAUGACUUCAAUAAGCACAUGAAGCACUGGCAUCCUUAGUACCAAUUGAACAAUAUCAUCAAGAGUAUUACGUCAACUGUCAAUUCAAUACAAGCAAGAUCUGGCUUUGGUGUAACAGAUUCUUUACUACAAAUACUCAUAUUUGUAUAACUUUACAAAUAAAAAAUAC